GUGAUCUGCUGCCCGCUGGUGGAAUUCCGCGCGUGGGAGCUUCGGUUGCUUGUCUCGCCGGAUUCGCCGCCGCAUUGUGGAGAAUUCGGUGCGGGUUCUGAGCAUGUGGCGCCAGUUCCGGAGCUCGGGAAUCUAUCGACGUGAUUGUUUCUGCCUGGACUGGCAUUUGCGACCAAUAGGCUAGGUCCAUGUUUUUGGUGAAUUCCCAAAGUAUCAUGGUUGUCUUCGAUGAGAAAUCACUGGCAGGUUUCUGUAGCUUAUCUAUUGAGUUAUAGAUGCACCUGCAGUAGUUUAUUGCUGUCAAAUUAGGUUUUGGUGCACGCCUUCUGUUCAAUCAUAUAUAUAGCUUACCUUAUGAGAGAAAGCGAAACAGCUUUGCUAAUGUGGUACAAGCUAGCAAUCAGCCUGUGCCUCCACGUUUACAGAGGUUCUCUAGUAUUUUUAGGAUUUCUCUUGAUAAGUACUCCCUCUGUAAGGUCUUAUAUUCCUUUACAGAGGGAGUGCUUCUUUCUCCAUAAUUCCAUAUGCUUCUUGUAUCCUGCAAUUACUGUGCAUCACAUCGAUCUAAAGAAAUUAUAAUAAACUAGUUGUUACAGUUUUCUUGUUUUUCUCCCAACUAACAUGAUAUUUUAUGUAAGGACUCUUAAUCUCUGAAUUUCCAUGAAUGGUCUGUUCCAGUUAGCAUGAGAGCAGCUGGCAAUCCUACAAUUAGCAUGGAUGGUCUGUUCCAGUUAGCAUGAGAACAGCUGGCAAUCCUUCAAUUAGGAAUCUCUUGUUAGAAAAGGUUAUAGCAAGAAAUAUAAGCACAGAAACACACCAAGCUUUGACCCAGUCAUCAUACCUGAAAAUACUAUGUUUUCUCAUAAAGAGGAUGGACGGUGUCUACCGCUUGCUUUUGCAUGAAAAGAAAGUUAUACAAGAUGACACUUCAGAUGCAAAACUUCAUGCACCGAUACAGUAUGAGAGAGAUGUGGUUACUGCUCUCGGAACUACCAAGUGGCAGUUGGAGCAAUUUGAGAGGGAGGUGAAUGCAGCUGCAUUCUCUGAUAAGUCAACUUCUAGGGAAAAUGCAAUCUUAAAAUUUAGGCAAUUCAUUAGAGCUAUAGCGGAGCAAAUUUCUGAGGUGGAAGAAAGCUUGAAGACUCUUAGGACAGAUUUCAGUAGAACUCCGAAAUCUCCAUACCCCUCAAGUGAACAGGAUGGAGAUGGGCUGGCAUCUUUCCUUUCUGGUGGCAACAAUCAUAGUCAUGCAUACUACUCCACUGAUACAAAUGAAAUUACUGAACUUAAGCUCGACAGUGCACCUAUGGUGAAUGGUUAUCAUUCUGCCCAAGAAGAUACAUCACGUGAACUCAGAUAUUCAGGAAAUGAUGUGGAAGGAGCAUCCAAAUUGCAAUGUUCACGUGGAGAAAGUGCAUCUGAAGUAGAUCAUAACGGUAGCACUUUGUGUAGUUUGGAUGCUGAUGAUUCGCUAGGUACGAGCCAUCAUUACAAGAACAAACUGAGCAGUCAGUACCGCAGUUUUAUGAGAAACUUAUGGUUUACGAAUAGAGACCAUGAGAGCUUUACAAAGAGGAGGAAAGAUGGAGAAGUUGUUGAUAGCUUGAGAAAUGGAAAUAUAUUGCCUCCCUUCAACCUACGUACAUCAGGAAGAACUAUGUAUUGCUGGCCUGAACUUAUCAAGAGAACAUUAAGUAGAUCUGAAUAUUCUACACGCUACAAUCACCCUCAACUUUUUGUAGCAACAUCACUACUAGUUGCACUUGCUGUCCUUGGCUUGCUGGUUUUGCAUGCCAAGUGAGGCGAAUGAAGCGACAUGUAUCUAAUUUUGGUCCCUGUGUAUGUAACACUCACUGCGCGCUCGGAGUACCCUUAUGUAUGCAUGUAUCAGCCGCUGCGUUGCAUCGCACCAAUCGGGUCUGUGAUCCUUCCCUAUGAAGAAGGAUACAUAGGCUUCUGAUCGCGGCACGAUGCAGACAGAGGUUUGCCGACGUUUUUGCGCAGCUGAUAACUGUGGUUGGCUCCUCGGCAGCGUGACCCAGCACCAGAGGAAGCUGUGAUACUCCCGCUAAUUGUCAUUUUCUGGGUCCAAAACCACUGUACCAUGCUGAUGCCAUUGUGCUAAUCAACGAUUGCCAGAUCGGUGGGAUGAACAGUUACUGCAGUUUUUGAUUGAUUGUGGCAACCUCAAUGUUAAUAUAUUUCUCGCGAAUUGAAAAGUCCACUCGAACGGAGCUGAUUCAUUGUACCAUAUGCUGAGUUGUAAACUGCCUGUCUCUACCUGGUGAUUAUAAAUAAAAUAAAUCUGCUUUGCUCA